AUGAAUAGAGAAAAAACUUUCGAUUCCAUUCCUAAGGAUCUCUUUCCUGAUAUAUUCUCGAAAUUGUCUGCAAAUUUAAUAGCGAGAUGUCGUUGCGUGUCGAAGCUAUGGGCGUCAAUACUUAGCCGUCAAGAUUUCACCGAAUUGUUUCUGACUAAGUCAUCAACUCGUCCACGUCUCUUAUUUGGGGUCAAACGAGCCAACGGUGAGUGCCUCUUCUUCUCGUCUACUCAGCCUCGGAAUCCAUAUGAAAAGUCGUCUCUUGUAGUAACCGCUGAUUUUCAUACCAAGUUAUCUGAAGUUAUAAGCCGGGAAAUUUGUAGCUAUGCUUCUGGUUUGGCCUAUCUCUCUGAUAUGAGAAUAUCAGUGAAGGAUGAGGAUGUAGUGCGUGUGAUAUGUAACCCUAUCACGGGAAAGUAUACGGUCUUACCUAAACUGAGAAGGUACGUAAAGUCGUAUAGUUAUUUAGUGUUUGAUCCAAUUGACAAGCAAUUCAAGGUAUUGUUCAUGGCUUAUCCAUCUGGUCCUGAUGAUCAUAAAAUUCUGACCUUGGGAACUCGAAAAAUGAGGUGGAGGAAAAUCCAUUGUCCCUUAACUCAUGAUCCUUUUUGUGGAGGGAUAUGCAUCAAUGGGGUUUUUUAUUACUUAGCUAUCAAAAGUGAUGAAACCUUGGUUAAUAGAAGAUCUUAUGUCAUAGUUUGCUUUGAUGUUAGAUUUGAGAAAUUCAAGUUCAUCGACGUAGAAUGCUUUUAUCAUUUAAUAAAUUAUAAGGGAAAAUUAGGCGGGAUUAAUUGGAAUUAUGCUAGCGCUGAUGGAAGUCGUACCUUUGAGUUGAGAAUGUGGGUUCUAGAUGAUGCCGAGAAACAUGAAUGGUCGAAAUAUGACUACACUUUUCCCGAACAUGAAGUCUUUUUCUACAAUAUUGUUCUUGCCGUUGGGAUGGCUGCUACAUGUGAAAUUGUUUUGUCGGAGAAGUUUACAUCGAAACCGUUUUAUGUCUUCUACUUCAAUCCAGAAAGAGACACUCUCCAAAGAGUUGAAAUCCAAGGAUUGGAGAAUCACUGUAGAGUUUACACUAUUGCAGACCAUGUAGAGGAUCUUAAUGUUAAGGAUGCAAAGCAACUCAAGUCAGGCCCAUACAUCAUUACGAAAAAGCCAAAAGCACAACAACGUCGAAGUUGUCUGAGUAAGAUCUAUAACAUAAGAGUCUAGCUAUUUCGGCUGACAGUGUGAGCUCUAUCACUCUGUCGGCUUAGCCUUUUGUUCUUUCUGAUUAUCAUGUCCUAAUUGUUUUACUCGUUACUUUGGAGUUGGGAGCAAAUUAAUGUUUUAUCUACAUUGCCUUUUCAUAAACCUCUUUGUUUUCUUCGUAAUGUUAAUGUUUAAAAGUUAUUUUAAGAUCUCUAUAGUAUCCUUGUUUCCUUUGACAUUGUUUCUACAAAAUUAC